AUGUUAUGUUGUGUCGAAAAUCUGUUCCCUGAGCGCGUCGCCAUUUUGGCGCGUAAUCUGAAGCAUCCCUGCGUGCACGUGAUACGCCUACCCAUAUUCAACAAGUACAGGCCUUUUCAACCGGUCGAAGAUGUUCGAGCUCUCUUUGACAGUAACGUUCAAGUUUGUAUGGCCAUUGGUGGCUGGGGCGAUACUACUGGCUUCAGCGAAGCUGCCAAGUCCGAUAAGGCCCGCAAGAACUUUGCCAAGAACAUUACUUCCACCGUUGACAUGCUGGGCUUUGAUUGUGUUGAUAUUGAUUGGGAAUACCCUGGCGGUAACGGCGAUGACUACAAGUCUAUUCCAAAUGAGAAGAAGGAAUACGAGAUCCAAUCUUUCCCGGGUCUUCUCGGAGAAGUAAAAAAGGCCAUCGGAGAUAAAGAACUUUCUAUCGCGGUCCCGGGCCUCAGCCGUGAUAUGAUUGCGUACACUUCGAAUCAAGUUCCUGAGAUUAACUGCGUUGUCGAUUUCGUCAACGUCAUGACAUACGAUCUCAUGAACCGCCGAGACCAUUAUACUACCCACCACACCUCGCUUCUGGGCACCUUCCAUGCUAUUGAUCUAUAUAUAUCCCUCGGCUUUCCAGCUUCCAAGCUGGUCUUCGGUAUUCCGUUUUAUGCCAAGUGGUUCACCACUMAGAGCGGAUAUGUUUGCGACCAACCCAUCGGGUGCCCUACUGAGCUUUUUGAGCACCAGGACGACGGCAGUGAUACGGGAAAGUCUGGCUCAAUGACCUUCGAGGCAGCCAAUUUCGCAGUUCCUCUUGAGACCCUAAYUCUUUCACCAAAUGCCACUUGCGGCGCCGGUACACCGUUCAAAUGUGGUGACGGCCUCUGCUGCGAUAGCUGA